GCAGGUUAAAAGUUCUCGUCAGAGGUGCACAAAGUAUGGGAAAGAGACACCGUUAAUGUCGUCCGCGUCAAAUUUAAGACGACCGGCGAGGAAACGCGGUCGUUUCUGAAGUGGACGAGAAGAAGGGAAAGGAGGAAAGGGCAAGAAGAAAAGGAGAAAGAGACGAAGGUGAUCUUGUCUGGGUAGAGGUCAAUGGAGCCAUCUUGAUGCAGGCUGCAAAACUACGUGGGGAUUACCCAUCGUGGUCGUCGGGCUGGUUUCAACGGUGAACAGUGGCGAUUCCACCCGUGGGUGGAAGCGCCGUUUCCUUCACCGUCAACGGCGAAUAGUACAGCCACUUCCGCUUCCUCCACCCCACGUGGCCGAACCAUUACCUGAUAAGAGCUGGAGAAGCGGCCGCAGCCGCAGCCGCCUCGGAGCUCUGAGGAGCUGGAGGAUCUGCACAAGCUGCUGCACUUCCCCGAGGAGGUGGCGCUCAGGUUGACGGAGACCGAAUACCAGCUGUUCUACCAGAUACCGCCGGAAGAGUACCUAAGGCACGUGGCACAAGAUCAGAACACGAAAUCACCUGCCAGGCCACCCCCGUCGCCGAGUCGCAGCUACUGCAAUCCCAGCACCGCCAACAGCUCGACCCAAACCGAGGAAGAGUCCAACUGGCCUGUUCUCAACCUCUUCUCUUCCGUUCAGACGCUCAUCAAUCGUUUUAAUGAGGUAAGCUCAUGGGUUACCCACGCGAUCGCAAGUGGCGCAACAAUAGAAGAGAGGCAGGCGAUAUUGUCCUGCUUCCUGCGAGUAGCUCAGACCUGUUGGAAUACCGGAAACUUUAACUCAGCCAUGGAAAUUGUUGCUGGUCUCAAAUCGAACAAGUUGAAGCCGUUUUGGCAGAGCGUGAACGAGCCAGUACCGGUUUUGGAAAAUCUCUCCUCCGCCCUCCUGUCCGUCGAGUAUGAAUUGGCGCUCGCUCGUUCCCUGGCGAUGCCAGAGUGUCCGGUGGUGCCGUUCUUCGGAGCUUUCCUGCGGGAAUUGCGGGAGGUCAUCGCGUUCGAGUUCAAGUCGCAACACGAAUGUAAGGAGCACGGCGAAUCACCGCGUGGCAGCAGCAAGGAUCCCGAGAGCAAGCAGCCGGAGAACGUGUCGUCCUCGGGGCAGACCGCGAAUAUCGCUGUCGACACUCGCACCGAAUCAUCCGCGGAAUGGAACCUGAGGAACAGCUCCUUGAAGAAGCAGGAGAACACUCCGGUCCGCGACACGAACUCCGUUCUCGAGAAGAUCGCCGAAUUUCACAAGCAUCAACAUGCUCGGGGCAGAGACGCGACAACUGGUUCGCUGCAUCGCACGCUCAGCAUUCAUGCGACUGCGAUCGAGCAGACCUACAUGGCCGAAGAAUGUGACGAGAACGACUAUCAUUUCGAUCUCGAUUCCUACAAGCCGGUACAGCCAAUCACGUUCGACCAUGGAGUUGCGUUGUUUCCUGUCGCUGCUCCGCACUCCGGGAUGGAUCUGCAUCUUUUGCAGGUGUUGCAUCACGGGACGACGCUGGUGCACUGGGACUGCGAGGGCGGCACUACGAGGACGGCGUUGGUGUUCGCGCGAGUGGAUCGCGCGUGCGGCACGUUCGUGUGGGAAAGGCCGCCGUGGAGCCCGUUGAAAACGGUACAGCUGGGGAGUACGGCUUCCGCAGACUUUUCGCUAACUGCCAAUCCAGAGGACACGGUACCGGCCGGCUUAGUGGGCAGGUAUACCAUGCAACAAACGGACUGCGGUUCCGUGACGCUGGAAGAAGGAUAUUUGGACCUAAGCUCCGUGAAAGAAGUGAUGAUCGGCUGCUGCGAUCGGGACAGAGAGACCGACCUCAGGAGCAUAUGCAAGAGGUACGGCCUCUCGGGAUCCGAUUCAUGUAUCGGCCUCAUGUACGGCUCCAGUCUGCCGGACAAUCGACUGAUCUUUCUCCUUUGCCCUCCUGCGCUUAGCAAAAUUUGGUACAUGGGUCUUUGUUGGAUAUUACGAGGCCUGAAACGGCAACAGCAAUUAACGGAUCGUAGAUCGCGAUGGUUAAAAGAAAAGUAUCUUCAGCUUUAUUUCGAAGAUGGAUGUAUCGAGCCAAUGACAGCCGAUGCUAUUAGGGCUUUUGGCGGUCGCGAUUGGUCCACGACUGAGAGUAUCGGCACGCUUUCGCCAACGAGUAGCAGCGCUCUUCGCAAACGAAACGUUAAAGGGAAAAAAACGAAAUCUAUCGGCAAUAUUCACGCGUUAACAAAGUACAUGUUGAAACAGGAUUUAAGCCUAAAACAAUAUGAUUCCUCGACCUCGGAUGGAGGGUUGUCGACGGUCCCCUCCCGGCACAUGACGGGCAGUAGAGAAUCCUUGACGAGAAUCAUACCAGCAUCUCCACGGUCUAGCAGAGAUCGAAUUCCUCCACGCAGUCCUCCCGGGUCUGCCGAACGAAUUAUUAGCUCCAACUUGCCUUACUCCAGCUUUCAGAGCCUAUUGUGCGUGGCCAGAGACAAGGAUAAAAACGGAUCUGGAAUGUCAGGAGGGAUGGAAGCACCGUGGCAAGUGAAAGCGCGCACCACUUCCAUAAUAUACGAAACCCAGUUGAACUUUGUCGAGUUUGUCGCUUUGUUCCGUUCGUUCAGCCUGAGAGCGAGGAAGGAUUUGCGCGACCUUUUCGGCCAACUGGCCAUCACUUGUCGCAGCCAGAGCGAUGGUUCUUUGAGAGACUUCAACGUACGGCCGCCUGUGUUGAGGCAAACCAGCGACGCAACCCCUCAACGAAUCGGACUGCUGACGAGAAACAACUCGAUAGACUGUCACGAGUACAAAACCAGCAGCAACCUCCAGAAGAAACAGGUGUUCGACGCGGUGGCUGCAGCCAGCAUCGUUAACAAUUGUUCCGGCGUCGACACUUCGAAAUCGCAAGUUAUUACUCUGGCGACGUUCACUAAAUUUUUGGAGUCCCGGCAGCAGGAGAAACUCACCGACGACGAGAUCAAGGCGUUGGUCAAGAGACACGAACCGGACCCAGGGCUACGUACACAGUGGUGUUUGUCUUUCGAGGGCUUUGCACGAUACAUGAUGGACAAGGACAAUUAUGCCUUCCCAAACGAGUACGCGACACCGUUCGAGACUGAAAUGCAACAGCCACUGUCCCAGUAUUACAUCGCCAGCUCCCAUAAUACUUAUUUAACCGGCCAUCAGCUCAAGGGGGAGUCCUCGGUGCAGCUCUACUCUCAGGUACUGCUAACAGGAUGUAGAUGUGUAGAGCUGGAUUGCUGGGACGGGGACGAUGGGUCUCCAGUUAUUUACCACGGUCACACCUUCACCACGAAGAUACCAUUUCGCUCGGUCGUAGAGGCGAUUGACAGAAGUGCUUUCGUCAGUUCUCCGUAUCCCGUGAUUCUGUCCAUCGAGAAUCACUGUUCGCAGAGCCAGCAAGCUCGAAUGGCUCAAAUAUUUCAAUCGGUGUUCGGCGAAAAACUGGUGACGAAGUUCUUGUUUGAGAGCGACUUCAGCGAUGACCCUCAGCUGCCAUCGCCGUCGCAGUUGCGCUAUCGAAUAUUAAUCAAAAACAAGAAGCUGGUGGUAGACCCGGCCGGCCCUUUGGCGCACGCUCCCCUUAGUCAUCGUGGGAAAAUGCUCAUGUCCGAUCGAGCUUCCUCCAUGAAGCAAAUGCGUACCGACGUGAGCAGCGCUUCCGUCGUUGAAUAUUUUAGCGAGGACGACGACGACGAGGAGGACGACGACGAAGAUGACAAUAUCGACGAUAACUCAAUUUCCAGCUACGAAAGGUAUUUGGGUGGAACGCAGGUGCCGCACGGUCGAUUAAAGUCCGACUCCGCGGUCGACGACAAGUCGCAGAAACAGAGUAGCCAAAUUGCCAAGGAACUCUCCGACCUGGUGAUUUACCUGCAAGCUAUUAAAUUCCGCGGGCUGAACACAACACCGGGAACAACCAGCACCGGCAAGGUGCGUCAUCAGCCGCACACCGGGCCAGUUCAGAGGCACAGCAUCGCCGGGAUUGGAGCGACGAGCAUCGGUGCAUCCUCCGGGUCUCCCCAGUCUCUGUCGACGUCGGCAUCGCUCGCAAGCGGCGGCAGCAAUAUCGAAAAUCUCUUCAGAUUCACGCGUGGAGUUCCAGCCUGCUUCCAGUGUUCGUCCUUGAACGAAAGUACAGCGAAAAAGAUUUGCAGAAAGCAGCCUCUAGGGGUUGUCGCCCACGCAGAGACCCAACUGAUACGAACGUAUCCGGCUGGGAUGCGCAUCGACUCGACGAAUUUCAACCCGGUGAUCUUCUGGGCGUUCGGUAUCCAAAUGGUGGCGCUGAAUUACCAAACCGACGACGCCGGCUUGAAUUUGAACGCUGCCAUGUUCGAGCAAAACGGCCAGUGUGGAUACGUUAGGAAACCUUCGGUCAUGUGGGACAAGGGACACAUGAUGUACAGACGCUUCAAUCCGUGGGACAAAGAGUUCGACGGACUACACUCGGCGCACCUGACGCUCUCGAUAGUUUCCGGUCAGUACGUCUCCCCGACGAAUUUCGUCGCGAGCACGUACGUCGAAGUGGAGCUGGUCGGCAUCCCGAUCGAUUGCGCCAAGCACAAGACGAAAGUGAUCCAGAGCAACGCGUUGAAUCCCAUUUGGAACGAGAAAUUUUGCUUCCAAGUGAUGUUCAAGGACCUGGCGUUCCUCCGUUUCGGCAUCGUCGAGGCGAGUUCCCACCACCUGAUCGCCCAGCGGGUCAUCCCGUUGAAAUGCCUGAAGCCCGGCUACAGGCACGUGCGUUUGCGUUCCUGCAAGAACAAGCCUCUCGCCCUCUCCACGCUUUUCAUCUACUCCCGUUUGGAGGAGGAGAGCCUCGACUACAACACGUGCUGCCGCGAUCACAAGGAGUCGUCGAAGCGGCCCUCGUCGGGGAAGGAACCGGAGAAAUUGACCACGGUCGACCCUGGUCUGGGCGGAGUGACGCUCAAGAGGCGAAUGUUCUUCCUGAUGGUUUAUCACGUGAUACCGGACGAGCCGUACACCAUAUUGAAGGUGACGCAGGAGAGCACGACGCAGGAGGUGAUGCUGCAGGCUCUGCAGAAAGCUGGGAUAUCGGCGGACCGCGUGGACGAGUACAUAUUGGUGGAGGAGGUGUCCCGCGGCUGGGAGAAAAGGGACAGGGAGGAACUUCCGACGCAGCGUGUACUGGACCCGACGGAGCGGCCGUUGCAGGCGCAGGCUUUGUGGAAAGGGCAGGGACGUUUCCUGCUGAAAAGGGUGGGCGACGAUCCGAGCAGCAGAGCCUGGCUAGCUUCGAUCAGAAGCACUGCCGGUCACUCGAAGCUCGACUCCGAGAGGGACACGUCCACUCACAUCUGGGACGAGGCCGACACUUUCCUGGUUUGCAUCUACAACGUCUCGCCGGACAUACCGUACGCGAUACUACGCGUUCCUGUGAGCAGCUCGGCCCAGGACGUGCUGGCCCAGGCUCUGGUGAAGGCCAGAAGGAUGGAAGAUCCGAUGAAGUUCGCGUUGGUCGAGGAACUCGAGUGGGGCGGGACCGGGGCUGUUGGCAGUGGCAGCCGUCAACUGAGAGUUCUACGCGACGACGAGAACGUGUACAGCACGCAGGCAUUUUGGAAGACGCUCGGCAGAUUCAUUCUGAGAGAGAGGGAACAAGCGAUACCGAGGCGGCACCUGCUGCCAGCCACGUUGGACAGACUGAGCAAAGGCUUCUCCGUGGGAAGAUCCGUCUCGUUGCCAGGUUCCAGCAAGGAGAAGGUCCCUGUCUCCGAAGCGCUGUCCGAUCCCACUUCCAGGGGGCUGAGACAUCGUCUGCUGAUGCACGGUCGCAGGAGGGAGGUUCACUCCGAUGGCGAAGACACGCGCGAGUCGGACAUCUUGAACGCGGCUCUUCACCUGAAGAAAGUGUCCCUGAGAAAAUUGAGAGUCUGGAAGUCAUAGUGGCAGUCAAGGGCGACGUCGAUUUCAUCGAUCUUCGCCGCUCGGAGGAACCAACCGUAAGUUAAAUCGUCGCUAAAUUCGCGGUAAAGGCGGAACGCCAGUCUAUCUUUCUUCAAACAUGAACAUGAUGUCAAAUGUUGUUACGACAUGCAAGUAAGCAAAAGGACUAAGCCUAAAGGUACACUCAGCGCUGCUUAAACGUGCGUAAUCUGCGGGUCUUUGCGCACCCGUUACUUGGAGAU